AUGUCAGAAGCGCCCAAAUUAGGCGGUCUCGAGCCGACAGCGAUCGAGGACCCGAUCGCUCCUCGAGAUGAGGAUCCCGACGCGAACUACAAAGCCAAAGCUGAGGUUCUCAACCAUGCGAUUCAGGCGAUCGGAAUGGGCCGAUACCAAUGGCAGCUCUUCGUGGUCAUCGGAUUCGGCUGGGCGAGCGACAAUCUGUGGCCUAUUGUUACCUCGCUGAUUCUCCCCGCAGUGUCGAAUGAGUUCCAUCCCUCGAAAGCGCCGAUGUUGACGCUUGCGCAAAACAUCGGAUUACUGAUUGGCGCUGUGUUUUGGGGGUUUGGAUGCGAUGUAUUCGGUCGCAAAUGGGCGUUCAACUUGACGAUCGGGAUUACAGCGGUGUUUGGCCUGGUCGCGGCGGGAUCGCCCAAUUUCGCGGGGGUAUGUGCAUUUGCCGCUUUGUGGUCCGUCGGCGUCGGGGGGAAUCUACCGGUUGACUCGGCCAUCUUUCUUGAGUUUUUGCCUGGAUCGCAUCAGUACUUGCUGACUAUCUUGUCGAUUUACUGGGCUUUGGCGCAGCUGCUCGCCACUUUGAUUGGUUGGCCGCUGCUUGGAUAUAGGACUUGUGGCUCAGCAGAAGGAUGUACGAAAGCUGACAACAUGGGAUGGCGAUGGUUUAUGAUCACAAUGGGUGGCAUCGCAAUGCUCAUGUUCGUCGGUCGCUUCCUGUUUUUCACGAUUUUUGAGUCGCCGAAGUAUCUCAUGGGGAAGGGGAGGAACGAGCAGGCUGUGGAGGUUGUCCAUGAAGUUGCCAGGAGGAAUGGAACAACGUCUGAUUUGACGAGAAUCGAGCUCGACGCCUUAGACCAGGGCGAGAUACAGCAUUUCAGCGCGGCAAAUAUCGUUCGUCAACGACUGGAAACCGUGCGCUUUGAUCAUAUCCGCGCUCUGUUCAAUACCCCCAAGCAAGCAUGGGCUACGACCUUGAUCAUCCUUGUGUGGGCAUUCAUCGGUCUCGGCUUUCCACUAUACAAUGCAUUCCUUCCAUACAUCCAGCAGUCUCGAGGGGCUGAAUUCGGUGAUGGGUCGACAUAUAUCACAUAUCGGAACUCGUUGAUCAUUGCCGUGAUGGGCAUUCCAGGCUGUCUGCUGGGUGGAGUGCUGGUCGAACUACCAAGUUUUGGCCGAAAAGGUGCUCUCAGCAGUUCCACAGCUAUAACUGGAGCCUUCCUCCUUGCGUCGACAACGGCUACCACAUCAAAUGCCCUGUUAGGUUGGAACUGCGCCUUUAAUUUCAUGAGCAGUCUCAUGUAUGCCGUGUUAUACGCAUACACGCCCGAGAUCUUCCUCACCAAGGACCGUGGUACGGGGAACGCAUUAACCGCGUCUGCGAAUCGGAUCUUUGGAAUUAUGGCUCCUAUCAUUGCCAUGUUCGCGGAUCUCACGACCGCUGUUCCUGUUUAUGUUAGCGGCGCGCUGUUUAUCGCAGCGGGUAUUCUUGUGCUGUUCAUGCCGUAUGAGUCUCGCGGAAAGUCGAGUCUGUAA